UUUUGUUAUUGACAUCGGGAAAAUCGCAUUCACGGGUUCCCCUAACGUGGUUUUUUUUUCAAAAUUUUUGCGUGACAGGAUCCCGCAGGAUUAAUCCCAUAACUUCCUAUAAUUCCGUUUGUCGCUUAAAAGGCGGGAUUUCGGGACAGGAUUCAGCAAAAUCCUGUACGGGAUCCCGUCCCGCGCCGAUUUCUACUUGACAUUAUUUUUAUUGUAUUUCAGAUUUGUUAAACAAGAUACUUUAAUUGUGCGUUACAAUGGUCGUUGGAAAACAGAAAAAGUCCACAGAAAAUAUCAAUGCUCGUCUCGCCAUGGUUACCAAAUCGGGCAAGUAUUGUUUGGGCUACAAGCAAACGUUGAAGACUCUUCGUUCUGGAAAGGCUAAACUUGUUAUUAUUUCGAAUAAUACUCCAAGCCUUAGACGCAGUGAGAUCGAGUAUUAUUCUAUGCUGGCGAGAACUGGUGUUCACGAGUAUCAUGGUAACAAUAUUGAGUUGGGAACCGCUUGUGGAAAAUUGUUCCGCGUUUCAAUGCUUUCCAUUACCGAUCCUGGAGAUUCUGACAUUAUUCGAAGCAUGCCGACUGAAGCUUAA